UUUUUCCCCCACUGCGAAAUAAUGCUCCCAUUCCCUAUUCUAACGCAAAAUACUGUUUUUCAUGUCCCCCAUUGUUGCUCUGAUUCAUUGUUGCUGGCAGAUAUUUUAUGAAAAAUGAAUUAAAGGAUCUUAAAUGCGAAACUUUUCGCGUUUGAACCAUUCUUGAAGUGGAAAAAGGCCAUCGAUUUCUAGGUUCAAAGCUUUGUUAUCGUCCAUCCCUGUUAAUGAAACUGCCGCAGGUUCUGUAGCACUCUCUGUAUGCCGUAUGUUGAACAUUCUAGAUGGAGAAGGACUUUCGAUGUUGGAAGCGUCUACAACUACCUAGUACGUUACUUAGACGUCGUUUAACGAAAAGGAUGGUAGAAAAAGAGCACAUUUGGAGGGCUGUAUGCUGAAUAAGCAACUACUGCUGUAUGCUGCAAAGAACUUUGAACUUGGAGAAGGAACAACAAAAAUAUCUUGAAGCGAAAGGGAACUCAAGCGAAAGGCGGAACAAGCGGAACUCAAGCGGAAGGCGGAACAAGCGGAACUCAAGCGGAAGGCGGAAAGGGAACUCAAGCGGAAGGCGGAAAGGGAACUCAAGCGGAAGGCGGAAGAAGAACUCAGGCGGAACAAGAGGAACUCCAGUGGAAGGCGGAAAAGGGAAGUUUAAAGUUCUUUGCAGCACACCUUACACAUCCGAGCACACACUGCAAAGAACUUUAAACUUGGAGAAGGAACAAAAAUAUCUUGAAGCCGUGUUUCGAUCUUGGUUGCGAGUCUUGAGCACUAAAAGGUUGCGAUUCCGGUUUUUGAGACAGGAGGGGUGUCGGCCAUUCGGAUUCCGAUGCAUUCACCGCGGGAUACAGGUCUCUUUUCCCUGUGGAAGGUGAGUCAACUGCUCCUGUCCUGUCUUAUUCCCAACGAUGUUGGAGGAGGCCGAACGAGUCGAAGGGGAGGGGAUGGUGAACCACCACAGGCCGUCCACUUUGGAAGCGAGAAGCAGAAGACCAGACGAGAUGAAAGGUCGUGCUAGAUCUACAACUCAAGCAUCUUCUAGUAUUUUAGAAGCAAAAAGUGGAUCAACUAGAUCGGAGAUGAAAGCUUGUUCUAGACCGGGGGCAGCUAGUUGCAGCAGUACUAGAGGACCUGCGACUCAGGUGUUUUUCGUCUAUGGGCCAAUGUUUGCGGGUAAGACGAGCAUGCUGAUUCGCCUAGGGAAAGCGUUGGAAAGAGCCGACAAUAAGCGUGUUUGCGUAGUGAGGCCCAGCUUCGACACACGAUACGGCGAAGACCGUCUCUGCGCACAUCCACCACUCCAGGACCCUCAAUUUCUGCGUGCGCAGGCAGAGUUGCAAUUACUUUUUCAGAGACGAAGGCGUCGAAAACAGAAGAUGAAGAUGCUGCUGCAAGAGGACAUCAACGAUCAGAAGAAGGACACAACUAGUUUCUCGAAGAUGCUGCAAGAGGACAACGAUCAGAAGGACACAACUAGUUUCUCGAAUCAUGAUCUCUGCACUGCUACUGUGGACAACAAAGAUCAUCAGAGAAACAGGGAGAUGAAGUUGGGGAAGAUAUCAGAGAAACAGGGAGACAACAGAGAGCCAUCCAUUUCGUUGAUUUCCCAGUUUAAUGGCAUGCAACUGUCAGAGAACAUCAUACAAAAAUCCGGCUCCUCUGUGUGCACGGAGGACACAAACGUUCGAUGCUUUCAUAACGGACGACUCGUGCGGACGGCUGGUAAAAAAUCACCACAAAAGCGUAGUAUAGCUGUAGGUGAUCUUCCGCAACCAAGUAGGUCGUGCUCGUAUGAUUCGGCGCCAUCGUUAAGUAGUGGCGAUGGUCCUAGUAUGUUUCAUCUGAAUUAUGUGGAAGAUGCACGACAACACGGACAUCAUCAUCUACAAGAACAUCAUGUAGUACAACUACAGCAACAGGUUAGUUCGGAAGAGGCGUGUCCUUCUUCGCAGGAUUCUGUGGGAGGGCGGCGCAGUCUCAGCUGGCCUUUGGCUUCUCAGGAGGCCUCGCAGGAGGCUGCUUUAGAUCAAGCAUCCUUACCUUGCCGCCGGUUCACGUCUCUGCAGGAACUGGCGAUGUCCGUCUCUGCGGAAGAACUGGCCUCACACAAUCAAGGUCUUUCCUUUAGUUUUACAGCACGAACAGGAUCUUCUACAUCUUCAACCUCUCCUGCGAGUAGAUCGAGGCGACAUUCUGUCGGUGAAGAAGGCGAAGAAGACAGUUGGAGUGCGAAAAAGCGUCGGCGAACUCUGGACUACAAAGUUCAGGUUGUGGAGUCACCUUUUGGAGUGGUGCGGAGUCCGCGGCUUGGCUCAUCCCAGGUCAAGGACGAUGAAGAGCAGUCGGAAGAGAAACAAGAACAUAACAAUCACAUUGGCCUUAGAAUUCAAGAAACUACUUCACUUCAAAGAAAGAAACUAACUGCAUCUGUGCAGAGGAGAAGUCAAGAAGAGCGAGGAGAAGUAAAGAGACGGCAUGUUAAGGCUACCGCUGAAGCAUCCUGAGCACCGUCCUUGGCGCGCUUUCUACUUGAAAACGAAGCCAAGGAUGCACCCAGGGAUGCGACGCGGUAGCUCUAAGCACGUAGAUACUAGCAACACGAGAGACCGUAGUGCUUACCACGGAUCUACUCUCGGGCACUUUUUAGUCGCUGCUUCACUACCUCUUCAGGAGCAACGUUCAGCCGAGGUUGACGAGGUAGUUCUCUUGAUUGAUGAGUUACAUCUGUUUUCUGAUAGCGCAACGCCGGAGGGCAUCGCGGCUCUCUUUUCCAUAGCAGGCGUUAGCAAAGUAGUCGCGUUUGGUCUCGAAAUCGGGUUUGAGGGUAUCAUGCCAAGUGCGGGGCUCCUGCGUGACCAGGCUAACGACAUUUUUAUUAUGACGAGUAAAGUCUGCGUGAUUCAUGUCUAUACGUACACAGGAAAACGAAAAUAAGCGUCGUUGACUUGUGUUCGAAACUACUGAUUUCGAUAAUGGGUACUACUGAUUAUAGAUUUGUUGAGGCGUGGAAGCAUUAUAAACGGUCAUCGUCAAGAACAGGCUCAAGGACAAGCUUCUCCUAGUCCUAUGUUGGGCAACAAUUAUUCACUUGGCAACGACUUCAUACCCCAAGGGUGGGCACACGGAUUCAUUUUUUCUAAAAAGAUUCGUCGGGGAGCACGGGUGGCGUUUCUGCGUGUUCCCGGAGUGUGCCCACACUGCGUUGAUCAAGCGUCAGACUUGGACGAAAAUGUCGAACUAGGUGGAGAUGGGGACGAUGAGACAUCGAGAGGAGUAAUUGGUUGUGCUGCUGGUGUGCCUGGAGCUGGACUGCGAGCUGCUAUCACGAAGCCGACGGUAAUCGCGGUUCCAACAAGAGUUUUCUUUAAGCCUGGCGCAAUUUUUGUCUAUCGAUCCAUGUAAAAACCUCAACCUCCACUACUACUUCGGCUUUUUUUUCCAUAAAAGAACAUUCUUGUUAUGAUUCAAGAUAUCAAUUUUGAUUUGAAAAUGCACAUAUAUCAGAUAUCACUUUUAUCACGUCAUCUCUUUCAAUACAAAUAGAUGUUCUUAGGACAACAUACCAACAGAGUCGGCCAUCCAUGGUCCAGUUCGUUCCACUUCGUUCAAGGGUGCGAAGAUGGUACUCUAAUUUCUCUUUCGAAGACCGCGUUGGGGGUGCCGAGAAGUAUCGUAGCCUCUGCGAGGAACAUUAUGCUUAUGGCCACACAUUGAUAGUACUAUGCUUAGUGCUGCCUGCAAAGAUCUCUGUGCGAUAUUUAAUUAAAGAACCAUAAGCAUCUUCAUCGGUCUAAGAAAUAUUUAAAAAGUGAGCUCUAUUUCUAAAUAUCAUCCCCUACUAGACUUAACCGCUCGGUAGCACUCCUUCCAAUAGAAUUCUCCACCCUCUGCACGCACUCCCUCCGCCAUUGCGUGCUCCCGCUUCCCCGGCUCCUUCCCCGCGCGACAACCGUCUGGCGGAGUUGAUCGGUGGAACAGCACAAGAGUCGGGCCCUGGGCGGCCUGCGGCCACUGGAAAGGCACGCCUGGAAAUGGUAGGCCCGGGAGUUUGCUGGUCUCUGUUAGGUUUGGCAUCUUUGCGGCAAGCUGAAGCCUUUAAAUUUCAAACAAAAUUCGCGCCCUUUGAAGAAAGGUACAAACUACAACCAAUUUUUCUGAAAAUAGCAUCAUCUUUGAUAAAAUCAAAAAUCUUGUCAUUUUCGCGCUUUCAAAUUUGAAGCUUCAGCGUAAAAUUUUUCAAAAUUCAAAACUUUUUGAUUUUGUCGGCCAAGAAAUGAAUUUUGAUGCCAGGGUGGCGCGCUGUAGGAAGUUUCUAAUUUCUUAAGUUCGUAAGUUAGUAAGCUCGGAAGUUCAUAAGUUCAGGGGUUCAUAAGUUCAGAAUUUUGGGGGUUUGGGGGUGUGAGGCUGAGAGUUUGGCGGGGUCGUUGUUGAUUUUUUUUUAGCUCUUUGAUAUGAGCGACCUAAGUAACCUAUGAAACACAUCCUAAGGAACCAACCAAGAAAAUGAUGACAUUCUCAGUUCCCGUUCAAUCCCAGACCAAAUAAAUAGGUGAGUAGUUAGAGUUGACCAAAUAGGACGUGAGUGAAUUUAAUAUUUACCUACUCGACCACGUCUGGGAGCGUGCGAUUUGAGUACACGAACCAAAUUUGUCUAAUCUGCCGUAUUCGUGUAGUAAGUACACACACGUCCUCGUUGCCUUACGUUUAAGUAUAGUACGAUCGACUCAAAUUUAAGUAUACGAACCAAAUGUUAGUUUCCGUCUAAUCUGCCGUGUAUUUGAAUCGCACUCUUCCAGACGUCGAGUACGUAAGCGCCACCGGCAAGGUCUUGGACCCUAGUGACAACCGAGCGGCGAUGGCAGACUGGCAUGAGUGGGAGGCAUCGCUGUCCGAAGAAAGUAGUAUGAGGGACGAGGCGGAUCUCCUGUCACGCCUUCUUGCGUGACUUUAGGUGAGCAUCAGGAUCGAGGCGGAUCUCCUGUCACGCCUUCUAUUAAGGGUUUCCGAACUACAUCCCGUACUGCCAUCCCACCUGGCUCCUCUCGUAGUAGAAAAGAAGCCAGGGAUGUCCCGAGGAAUGUAAUUCCGUAGUCUCUAACUCUAGCGUGAGAAAGAAACCUGGGGAGAGGAGCGAAGAAUGGGUAUUGAGAAGCGCAGCUCUGAGAUUUUCGCUAGGGAGAGUGAGCAGCGGAAGACUUUCUGAGGAUUUUUUGAAACCUUUCUGAGGAUUUUUUUGGAACGAUGAAUGUCCUAAAAAAGACGUGCCAGCAUAUGAUCAUGUCAACAUAUGCCUCUAUUCUAGAAGAAGUAAGGUCAAAGGUUAGGCGUGGACCCUCAUAGGAACGCUUAACGCCAGUCGGCGGAACAGUGAAGUGAGAGCACUAAACAAGUGUACCGCUUCGCUGUUACAUUCUUUGCGCGAGAUCCAUGGUGAAGACCAUCUAUGACGCCCUUAAGGCAGUCUGCAGUGAACUUUGUGCGAAAAUAU